GGGCGUCUAGCCGGCGGGAGGUGGACCAGUGCGAUGAUGCCGGGCAAAUCCGUGAAGGACGUGGACAGGUACCAGGCUGUCCUCACCUCUUUGCUGGCGCUGGAGGAGAACAAAUACUGCGCUGAUUGCGAGUCCAAAGGUCCAAGAUGGGCGUCCUGGAACUUGGGCAUCUUCGUCUGCAUCCGCUGUGCUGGUAUCCAUCGCAACCUGGGGGUGCACAUCUCCAAGGUCAAGUCCGUCAACCUGGACCAGUGGACACAGGAGCAGGUCCAGUGCGUGCAGGAGAUGGGAAACGCCAAAGCCAGGCGUCUGUACGAGGCGUUCCUACCCGAGUGCUUCCAGCGGCCCGAGACGGACCAGUCCGCCGAGAGCUUCAUCAGGGACAAGUACGACAAGAAGAAGUACAUGGACAAGGUUAUCGACAUCCAGAUGCUGAGGAAAGAAAAGAGCUGCGACAAUAUACCCAAGGAACCAGUUGUGUUUGAGAAAAUGAAAUUGAAAAAAGACAUCAGCCCCAAGACAGACCCCCCGUCUGUUACAGACCUGCUUGGAUUAGAUGCCCCGAGUGCCCCCGUGUCUAAUGGUGGAGGAUGUGUCCCAGACGGCAGCGAGCGCCCGGCGGCGUCCAAUCCCACUCUGGCACCGCACUCUGCACUGGAUCUCUUCAGCAGUCUGCCGGGAGCCUCCUCGGCCUCCUCCGUUGAAACCACGCCUGUUCCCAGCUCCAUGCCUCACAGCAGGGUGACGGCCUCAGUGCCUGACAACCUCAGUCUGUUCCUGCGUUCGGCACCCAAAGCAGAGGAGGGCAAGAAGCUGUCCAAGGACUCCAUUCUGUCCCUGUACGCCUCCACCCCCUCAGUCCACGCCGGCAGUGUGCCCACUCACGGCUUGUACAUGAACCAAAUGGGGUACCCGACGCACCCGUACGGAUCGUACCAUUGUUUAGCCCAGGCCGGUGGGAUGGCGGGAGCCACGAUGGCGCCCCAGAUGGCCAUGAUGGGGCAGCAACAGAGCGGCGUGACUCGCGUCCAACAGACGGUCGGGAUGGGACAGCGGGGCGCCACGGCUCAGCCGAGCGCCGUCGCGGCGCCCCCGUACAUGGCGGCCGUGACCCAGGGCGCGGUGGGACAGCAGCAGAACGGCGCCGUGGGGCCGCCGCGAUGCCACAGCGGGAUGGCGGCGCAGCGGCAGGUGGCAGGUUUACCUCAGCAGCAGAGCUACGGAGCGCAAAACGCCCAGCAGCUACAGUGGAACAUUACCCAGAUGACCCAACACGUGGCCGGCAUCAACCUCUACAGCAACGGCGCGGCGGGAUUCGGCGGGCAGCAAGCGGGGGGCUCGGCGGCUCCGAACUCUGAGCACAUGACCGCACACGUUUGGAAGUGAUCGGAUCCGUCCCGGGGGGGGGACGUGAGACGGAGAGGAAAGCUGAGUUGAAGGAAACCGGUGGAUUGGACUCUCCGGGGAAAGAGGAGGAGGAGGAGGCGGAUGUGAAGAGGAACGCACUACCUCUGUUUCUCUCUCUCCUCUCUGACCACCGUGCUUCCUCUCGUUGACGCGUCCAUGGCCACCUUCUCACAAUUUCCGCGCUUGCCUUCCCGAAGCACUUUGGUUCGAUGACCAACACCACAGGGUUCAGAGGCCCACUUGGUUUUUGGAGCAUUUCAUGGCUUUCGAAUCAGAAUCAGCGUCAACGUCUGUGGGCCUGAAUUUUUGGCAUUUAUUGAAACAAGAUGUGUUCCCCCCCCCCCCCAAAAGGACGGAAACAUAACUUAGAAACAUAGCUUAUUUGCCUUUUCGAUGACAGUUGGAUGAAUGGUUUGAUACGAUACCACUUAUUAACUAAGUUGGUUAGCCUAGCAUUAGCAUUCAGAGCAGAAAACAAGACAAAGAACUGGAUUUUGACUGUUUUUAGAUCAAACGAUACGUAACGCGGCGAAAAGUCGGCUUUAGAUAUGCUCCAAAAGCAGGAUGUUAGUCCUUGCUGUCCGUCUGCUGGCGGCGGCUUCAUCCGUUAUGGAGGAGGAUCAAACCGGGCUACGCCAUGCUCGCCACACCUUUAAGUCAAAGGUAUUACUCAAUAAGAUUAGCUCUGCGUAAAUAGGGAAAAUGUGUAAAAAUGUACUAAAUACAAGACGUUCCCCUUUCUAAAUACUUAACAACCAUUUUGAAAAUGUAAGAAAUCCCUUUUUGUGUUGAUAAGUACCUUGUUCCGUUAAAGCAGCGACCUACCUAAGCCUGUAUUUAUGAUGUCUUCUACCCAAAUCAACACAGGGCUUCUUUUAGAAUCAAAACUCAAUCUCGACUUUUAAGUGUCUAAAAUCCUAAACUGGAUUUGGGAGACCAAAGAUCAACGCUAGCUUUUACUACGGCUGUGCGGCAUCUAGCGACGCUUCUGUCGCCCCUGUGCAGCCGCUCGAACUAGUGAUUAGUGUAACUUUCGACUCAGCCGUCCUUUACGACGUGAUGGCGCAAUCAGUUCACUGUGCUACCUCCUCGGCAAGAGCGGGACACUUUGAAUGAAGUCACUUGCAUGUGUGUGAAUGUCGGGGGUGACGCUCAGACAGCUCAAGUUAAUCUACCUUGUACAAUAGAGGCCUCAAAUAACGCUGAAUGUCUAUAAGAAAAGAAAGAAAUACAGAGAGACGGGGGUGUGGACGAUCCGCCAUGUUUCAGAUUCUUCCACUGAAUUGCAUGACGGGAAUGUUUAUCUGGCUCAGGUUGUACGUGUUGUGUUUAUUGAGGUAUUUGAAUGUUUGUCUCCAACACAGACCGACGUUGACUCAAUGAAUGUUCCUCCCGGACGUGUUUGAUGAAAACGCACCCCCCCCCGGGUUUUUGAUAUUCUACCACCGCGUUUUGAGUUCUUCUUCUGAAUUCUUUGGAAUUCAACCACGUUUGAAUGACUGCAGUGAAGAGAAUAAUCAUUUUAAAUUAACCCCUCGACACCUCCCACCUCUCUGUGUCCCAACUUCUUUGAAAAGUUUUCUUUUCUUUUUUUUAAAAAAAUCAAUUUUUCUAAACGCAUGGCACCAUUAGUGUAAAUAACUUUUGUUUCUAGCAGUUACUUAUUGUGUUGCGAGAUGAACGAUUCAUAUUAAAUGCUACCAAUGAGCAAAGUAGUAAAGCCUUCCAGGGUGUUUUUUUACGUUCAUUUGGUGUCAUUUUGUGUGUCUUUGCGGCAGUGGAGAGUUCCUGAAGUGUGUGAAUCCUCUUUUAACUUAAGUUUGCUUGUAUCCGGUCCCUUUUUUUUUUGUCUGGUAUAUUUUCUGUGAAACGAGAGCAAUCGAAGGAAUGUAUAUUUUUAUGUACUUGAUUCUUCAUCAGAAUGUCUCUGUACCGUUUGGCUCUUAAAAAAAGAUCGAUGAACAUGUGCGGUUUUAUUAGUUCUGCAUUACUUUUCACAUGCUUUGCAGCUUUUGAUGUUACGUCUACACGAGUCACUCAAUUACGUUUGAGAAUAUGUAACACAUGGUACUCGUCUCUGUGAAAAUAUAACAAAAUAAAAAGGUUUUGAUUAAAUUCUCUAUGUUCUGUUCAUUUGAGGUUGGAAGUGUU